AUGGUUAACGCUAAUGUUUAUAAUUCCAAUUACCAAACUCAACCAUCUCCAGAUUUAUUUAGUCAAAAUGGUGGUCUGCAACCUUCAAGUGUUAAUACUACUCCUGCUUCAAGUUUUAGUGGGGGUUCAAGUAAUUACAUAACCAGUGCAUCCAAUGAAAAAUGUACUUGUAAAAAUAACGCUAAUCGUAUUCCAAGACCAAGAAAUGCUUUUAUUCUUUUUAGACAAAAAUAUCAUCAAUCCGUUUUAGAUGAAGGAAGUGUUAUUAGAACUAACCCCGAAGUUUCUAGAGAAUUAGGUAGACGUUGGAGAUCUUUAUCACUGGAUGAAAAAGAACAUUGGAAUAAUUUGGCUGAAGAAGAAAAAAAGAAUCAUGCAAAAAAAUAUCCUGGUUAUAGAUAUACUCCAAGAAGAAAUGGUAAAAAUAAAGGUUGUCCAGCUUGUCGUUCUAAAAUUUUAAAACAACAACAAGCCCAAUUACAUAACCAACAAAUGAUUCAAUUACAACAAGAUCAUUAUCAACAAUAUUUACAAAUGCAACAACAACAACAACAACAGCAACAACAACAACAACAACAACAAGCUGCUGUGGCAGCAGCAGCUGCUGCCGCUGCUGCCGUUGGUACUAACGGUCAUUCAAAUAAUCAAUCUAUACCGCAAGGAAAUUUCCAAAUUCCUCAAGGAAUGUCCCAAUUUGUUAUUCAACUGAAUCCAUUUGCUCAAUCAAAUUUCCAAUUUGAUCAUCAAGGUCAACCUCAACAACAACCUCCUCAACCACAACAACAACAACCUCAACAUGAAAAAUUGAGUCCAUUAUCAACUAACGCUCCAGUUCAAUUUAAUCAACCUCCAAAUCAAGAUUUCUUACCUCAACCUCCUUUUGCACCAAUUAGUUAUGACCACCAACAACAAGCUCAACAAGCUCCACCUCCUCAAGCUCAACACAAUCAAAGAUUCAAUUCUUUACCUAAUCCGGUUUCUAACGGUUCUUAUGGUUUCGAUGUCUUUAACAUGCCUCAACAGGUUCAACAAUAG